UUCCGGGUCCGUGGUGGGGCCGUUCCGCCGCAAUUUCUCUGAAAUAACCCGAAAUAACGGCAUUAUCCGGGACCUUUUCGGGACUCCAGAGGGUCCACAGGGCUGCACCGGGCCGGUACCGGAGCCUGGACCCAGUCUGAGACCCACAAUACCGCCCCGGGACCGAAAUCUGCCCAGCAACCCGAGAAAAGAGCCGCGUUUACCGGAGCGGGGAGCGAGGAGCGAGGAGCGAGAGGAGACCACGGACUCCGGGAACACGGUAUCUUCCUCCCGUAUCUGAGGAGCACCGAACCGGGACAGAACCAGAGGAGAACUGGCAUUCAACCAGGGGAGAACCGUCUCUAGAACCAGGACUGGACCACGCUCCGCAACCUGCAGGUCGUGGCGUCAUGUCAGCGGCUCAUACCCACAAGGAGGCCCCCGAGUCGGGCUGGAGCCUGGAGACUCUGGGCCUUUCUCAGAAGGAGCUGGUUCUAGCUGAGGCUCUGCAGAUGGAGUAUGACGCGCUGUCCCGGAUUAAACAGGACCGGACCCAAGACCGGACCCAGAAUCCGACCAGGACCCAGAACCAGACCCAAGACCGGACCCAAUACUGGACCCAGAACCUCUCCAGGAUCUGCCCCCCCACCCCUUCACAGAACCUGACUAGUACUAAAGCCCAGGUCCAGUCCAUUGAGAGGCCUAGGCCAACCGCAUCCAGAGCCUUCACAGGAACCCUCUCUGGCAUUCUCUCUGGAUCAGACCCUACUCUGGAUCAGCCUGGAGGCUCUCAGCAGACUCCUACACCAGCCGAAGUGCCUGGUCCUGGGGUGAGGGUGCUCAAAGAGCCCCUGUACAUCAUGGAGGCUCCAGAGCUCUCCAAACCCACAGACCCUCAGACUUCAUGCUUUUCUGAUGACGACAUUCCCCCAGCUGUGCCGCCUCGCUUGCCCAUCACCCCCCAUCACCCCCCCUCAGAGCCCCCCUCCAGGGCCCCCACCCACACCUCCUCAGAGCUCCCCCCCAGGGCCCCACUGAGAGACGUCAACCUGUACACACCCGACAGAGACCAGUCCAAAGUCCAGCCCAAAGUUGACCCAGACUUUGAGAGCCUCAACCAAUCACUGCUCAAACUCAAUGAGACCCCACCCCCCAGGCCACACAGGGACCAAUCAGGAAAGCCUGUUGCCCGCAGUAAGACCCUCCCACCUCAAGUCCCGCCCAGAACCUACCUCCCAGCCACAAAGACCAAUAGAAACCAGCGCAGAGUGUCAGCUGACCCGGUUCCUGUAGGCUCUCGCUCCUCUGGCUUCGGGUACGAGCUCUUCCAGGUGUCAGAGGAGAGAGACGAAGAAGUCGCUGCGUUUUGUCACAUGCUCGACGUUCUGCGAUCGGCCUUCCCACACUCAGAUCCGGUCUCUAACUCGGGCUUCGUCUGGUCUCCAUCCCUGAGUCCAGAGCUGAUCCAUGGUCUGGAGGUGUCAGUGCGUGUCUGUGUGAGUUGUGAAGGGGUCCGAGAGCCACUCACCUUUACCUGUGAUGGUUCCUCAACUGUGGACCUUCUGAUCUAUCAGACCUUGUGCUACACUCAGGACCAGGAAGAUCUGGACGUGAAUCAGUUUCUGAUGAAAGUCUGCGGCCUUGAUGAGUACCUGCCGAAUUCUCAGACACUGGCGGCUCUGGAGCAUGUGCAGCAGUGUCUGAAGUUUGACUGGGAUGUGAAGCUGAAGCUGAUGAAGAGAGCAGACAUCAGCACAGAGUUAAGACGAACGAGAGAAGAUGAUGAGACAUCCUCAUCCAUGAACCACAGUAUUCUGCUGCAGGAACGCCCCAUCAAGCAGACCGUCACCAGAGAGGCUCUGACUCUGCUGCUCGACACUUUCCACAACGAGGCCGAGUGCUUUCUGCUCUCAGAGGUGGAGUCUCUUCAUGUAGAGCGUUUGGUGCAGUCGGUUAAAGCUCUGUGCAGCUCUUUGGCUUCGAUCGAGACUCCAGAGAUCACAGCUGCUCUAAACCUGCUCCCAGCCUGUCCCUGUAGAGUCACCCCCAAGGUCACCAAGGAUGCUUCUGCACUGGCCCUCAGAGAGAAAAGAGAGCUGGUGGUGGAGAAGCUGACAGCGGCCAUCUUAGAGCUGGUGCACUUGUAUUGCAGCACGUUCAAUGCAAACUUCCAGCCGACCGCUCACAGCCUCAUCUCCACUGCACCCGUGCAGGAGGCGGGGCUAGUGUCCACACUGCUUUCCUUCAACGUGUAUGCUGCCCACAGGGUCCCCAUCACCUGGGCUGCCAGUUAUGAGGGCUUCUUCCUGACCUGCUCUCUGACUCAUGGAGGAGCAGAGCUGUGUGCACCUCAGCACACCUCCAAACAGAACGUGUCUAAGUACCUGUUCCACCUGGUCACAUGGGACCAAAGAGUCUGUUUCCCGGUGCAGAUAAACCAGCUACCGCGUGAGUCAGUGCUGACGGUGACCCUGUUUGCUAGUGCUUUGCCUCCCCCCGGUGGAGCAGAGGAGAAGAGCAGAGUGAAGCGCAGUGUGGCUCUGGGCUCAGUCUGCACGCCCCUCUUCAACUUCAGACAUGUCCUGACGUGUGGGCGUAAGCUGCUUGGUCUGUGGCCCUCCAGUUCUGGCCCCAGCGCCCGCUCCAGCUGCCCCAACUUCAACCAGCCAGACAGUGUUAUUCUACAGGUGGACUUCCCAACAUCUGCGUUCGAGGUGCACUUCUCAACUCCUCCUCCUGCAGAGUUCUGUCCUCAGUACGACUUUAACCGCCUGGACUCAGUCACACAGAUCCAACUACAAGAUGUACUCCACAAGAAGGCUGCUUUCUGGUUAACGACGGAGGAUAAGCGCCUGCUCUGGGAGAAACGCUCCUUCUGUCAGUCUCACUGCUCCGCCUUGCCUUUGUUCCUGAGCAGUGCUCCCUGCUGGCAAUGGGCGUGCCUGCCUGAGAUCUAUGGGCUCCUGAGGCAGUGGGCAUGUCUGGGGCCUCUGGACGCUCUGGGACUGCUGCAUGCACAGUUCCCAGACCAGGAACUGAGGCGGACUGCAGUGCAAUGGAUGGACUCCAUCUCAGACGCUGAACUGUUGGACUUCCUCCCACAACUGGUCCAGGCGCUGAAGUACGAGUGUUACCUGGACAAUUCUCUGGUUCGAUUCCUUCUGAGGAGAGCCAUUAGAGACGUGCGCAUUGCCCACCACCUCUUCUGGCUCCUGAAGGAUAACCUGAGCGAUGGUCAGUUCUCGUCACGUUGCCAGAGCGUGUUGGCGGCGUUGCUUUGUUGCGUCGGACGAGGAGCCAGAGAAGAACUGGACCGGCAGUCCUGGAUGGUCUCUGUGCUUAGAGGAGCUGCCCACAGGGUCAGGGAUGCACCUGCCAACAGCAGACAGGUGGUGCUGAGGGAGAGCCUGGAGCAGAUGGAGCAGUUUUUCUCGGUGAACAGCAGCUGUAGACUCCCUUUGAGCCCCGCACUCGUCGUUACAGGAAUAAACAUCAAGGCCUGUUCAUAUUUCAACUCCAACGCUGUCCCUCUGAAACUCUGCUUCACCAACCAUGACCCCAAUGGAGAGCCCAUCAAUGUCAUCUUUAAGUCUGGAGAUGACCUCCGUCAGGACAUGCUGACUCUGCAGAUGAUCCGAAUCAUGAACAACAUCUGGAUCCAGGAGGGUCUGGACAUGAGGAUGGUCCUGUUUAAGUGCUGCUCCACUGGCCCAGGGAGAGGCAUGGUGGAGAUGAUUCCUCACGCAGACACUCUACGGAGGAUCCAGGUGGAACAUGGGGUGACGGGGUCGUUUAAGGACAGACCUUUGGCCGACUGGCUCCUGAAGUACAACCCCUCAGAGGAGCAGUACGACAAGGCGGUGGAGAACUUUAUCUACUCUUGCGCGGGUUGUUGCGUGGCCACAUACGUCCUGGGCAUCUGUGAUCGCCAUAAUGACAACAUAAUGAUGAAGAGCAGCGGUCACAUGUUCCACAUUGACUUCGGGAAAUUCCUUGGGCACGCCCAGAUGUUUGGGAAUAUCAAGAGAGACCGCGCACCCUUCGUCUUCACCUCGGACAUGGCGUAUGUGAUAAAUGGAGGAGACAAACCAUCCAGUCGCUUCCAUGACUUUGUGGAUUUGUGUUGUGAGGCAUACAACCUGAUCCGUAAACACGCACACCUGUUCCUGCACCUGCUUGGAUUGAUGGUGUCCUGUGGGAUCCCAGAGCUCUCAGAUUUGGAUGACCUCAAAUAUGUUUAUGACGCUCUGAGACCCCAAGAGUCAGAGGCCGACGCUACUAUGUACUUCACCAGAUUAAUCGAGUCAAGCCUUGGAAGCGUCGCCACUAAACUCAACUUCUUCAUCCAUAAUUUGGCCCAAAUGAAGUUCACAGCAAGUGAAGAUCGCCCCCUACUGUCCUUCUGCCCCCGAGUACACACAGCAAGAAGUGACGGAGUCAUCAAAAAACUGUACAUCUGCAGACACCAGAGGACCAAUAAGGGACAUAUGUUUGUGGUGAAGGUGGAGCGGGAGCAUGGGGACUCUCUGGUGAGGAGAACCUUUGAAGAGUUCCAUGAGCUCCACAGUAAGCUCCGCCUGGUCUUCCCCUCCAACAAACUGCCCAGCUUCCCAAGCCGCUUUGUGAUUGGGCGAUCCCGAGGAGAGGCGGCAGCUGAUAGGAGGAAAGACGAGCUCAAUGGAUACGUGUGGCACCUGCUCCAUGCCGCUUCUGAGGUCGCUCAGUGUGACCUGGUGUACUCAUUCUUCCACCCUUUGCCCCGAGACGAGAGUCCUGCAGAGAGAGCCACCCCCAAACCUCCAGAGCUGCGCUGGACUCCCCCCUCAGGGGCAGAGCUUGGUGAGAUUAAACUCUCCAUCUCCUACAAGAACCAGAAGCUCUUCAUCAUGGUCAUGCACAUCAGAGGCCUGCAGCCGCUCCCUGAUGGUACUGAUCCAGACCCAUAUGUCAAAGUAUAUCUGCUCCCAGACCCUCAAAAGAGUAGCAAGAGGAAGACCAAGGCCGCACGCAAGACCUGCAACCCCACCUACAACGAGAUGCUGGUGUAUGAGCGGAUCCCUCGUGGAGAUUUGGAGCAUCGGAUGAUCCAUCUUCGGGUUCUGGGAGAUGGGUCUUUUUGGGAGAACCCAGUUUUGGGCGAGACCUUCAUCCCUCUGACAUCUCUGAGCCCAGGACAGCACUGGGUCGACUGGCACCAGCUGGGCACACCAUCUGAGACCACAGGGCUGCAGCACUGAGAGGUCAGAGAGUCCAGACCAGCCAGACCGAGACCCAAGACCAAACCAGGAUAUUAACCAGAACCCAAACCUGCGGCCAGCCCAGGGUUUGAUGUUCCUACAGUCCUCUCCAGGUGGACCUUCUUAUCCUAUUAUUUUAGGAUAUUGUAAACCUCCUUCAGUUGCAUUUGUAUAACUAUGUGAUCUAAUUUUAAUAGUUUAAAUUAGAAUGAGAUUUUUUUUUACAAUGUCAGUUGUAUAAUUGUACAAUAACCUGCUCUGAGUGAGAAAGUCAGGAGUAAACCUGUUUCAUAAUAAUCCUCAAUCCUCAGUUUCCAUCACAAGACAUAGAUGCCAGUGUGGGAAGAGGGUGAGCCACUGUGGCUAAAGUGAACCUGUCAGAAUGUUUAAAAAGUUUGCGUCCCGCUCCCUGCUCAGCAAGAUGCCAUUUUGGAUGUGAUGAUUCUGUUUAACACAAAGUUGAGUUUUUAUGGGACGAGAAAGCUGAGGAAUGUGAGAAAUGAAAGGACAAAAUGGCAGUCCAGCAGCAUCUCUGUGUCAAACUGAACAGGAAAUGAGCCCUUUAUAAGCAAAGUCUCACUUUUUAUGGAAUACUUUAUUUUUAAGUUAUUGAAAAGUUACUUUACUUUAUUUUGCCAAAACAUUAAAGCCUGAAAAAUCUGAGAACACUUUGUUUAUGUUGUGUGAAACAUGAACCUGAUCAUGACGUGCUCUGAGGCAUCUGAUUGGAUGGGUGUUACUGUGGAGCUGUGUUUUUAAUAUUUAAAACUGAAACUGGUUUGAUGAGUUUGUUUGGAAUGUUUCACUCAAACCGAAAUGAGGUCAAAGGUCAGACUGUCUUUUUUCAGAUUUUAAUUCCUGUUACAAAAAGUGUCCUUAAAAAAAGAAACAUGUAAAAAUCAUCCUAAAAUAUUCAAAUGUUGAAGUCAAAUGUUGUUGACUCAUAGUUUUCACUGUCUCUGAAGGAAACGAAACUAAACACUAAAUCAGGCAUACCCAAACUGUGGCUUGGGGGCCAAAUGCAGCCCUCAGACCACUUUUUCAUGGCCCUCAAGUUUACAGGUGAAUUGUCCCAUACUUAAACAUUACUUUUUACUGUAUAUUUCUGAAAAUCUACUUUAACAAGCCCAUAUCAAAUAUUUAAUGUGUUCUACUGAGGGUGUAAGCAUGAAUAACGAUCUGGUGGUUCAGUCUAACUUGAUUUUUCACUUAGGUCAGUUUUAGUCCGGACACUACACUGUAGGACGCUGCACUGCACUGCACUUUGCUAUACUGCACUACAUUGCACUGUACUACACUGCAUUACACUUCACUAAACUGCUACACUGCAGUACGCUGCAAUGUACUGCACUGCACUACACCACACCAUACUACACUACUACACUGUACUGCUACACUGCACUACACCGCACCACACUACACUACACUACACUGCACUACUACACUGCACUACAUCGCACUACACUACUACACUGCGAUGCUACACUGCACUACACCGCACUACACUUCACUGCACUGUGCUAAAGUGCACUGUGCUACACUGCAUUGCACUACACUGUAUUAUAGCACAGACAGUCAGAAUGUCCGCAUGUUUUUUUACUACAGCAUUCUGUGUCUGGAGCCAGUUGUUUUAAUCCUUCUGUUUUUAUAUUUCAGUGUUUGUUUGUUUUUUAGAUUUAAAUGUCACUGAAGGGAAAGUUAUAGAACCUAUUUUAAUUGUGAACCAAGUCUUAAGAGAACUCUGAGUGAAAAAGACUGAUUUAUUGCAAAAUGAACAAAAUGUACUGUUGCUGAAGCCAAACUCAUUUUACGCCUGAGUCUGGACUAAAACACCUUUAUUUUCCACAUGUGAUUUUAAUGAAAAAUUGAACCUUUUGGUGGAAGACAAAAAGGACAGAUUCCACACACAGGUCCUGGCAACCACCCUGCUACUCCCGCCCGCUGCCCCCUGCUGCUCCCUCCAGCCCUCUUACAGCCCCCUACUUUUCUCACUACUACCUAUAUUCAGAUGAACAUUUUGAUCUUUUUGUCGUUUUAUUUCUCCUCAUUUCUGAAAUUUACAGUUUUAUGUUUGUGAUGUUUUUGUGACUGUGACAUGAGCAACACUGUAAAAAGUGUUUAAUGCAGAAUCAUGUUUCAAAUGUAUUUAAUGAUUUUCCUCAGAGACGGUUUCGACUUUUCCAAGUUUCUGAUGUAGAUCUGUUUAUUUAUGAAUAACUGAGAUGAAAUGCACUGUAAAAUAAGAAUGUACAAAGUGAUUUUGUAAGACUCUGGUUUGAUUAAAACUAAACUUUAAAGC